CUGUCUUGUUGCGGCUGUCUGUCUACCAGUAACCGCAGCGCGUCUCACUAAACGGGCGUAGUGUUGUCGACUCGCCCGCUGCUAACUCGGCAAACUUUAAGAAUAUUGGCAUUCAGCGCUGCAGGGGAAAUGGCAUUAUAAUGGUUUUCAAAACAACCUCAUUCGGACGUAGCGUCUUGGUGUUGCCUUUAAUUGGCUAGCUUUUAGCUAACGCGGAAGGCAUCUCCAGGGAGUCAUCAAUGAUCAGCGUGCAUACUGCCAAGAAAUUGAGCUAAUUUCUGCAAGCAUUUCCAUCGUGGUUUAGGAUGUCUAAACGCACGAGGAACACGGAGGUGUGUGCAGACUGUUGCGUCCCAGAACCCCGCUGGGCCUCAGUGAACAGGGGGGUGUUGAUUUGCGAUGAGUGCUGCAGUGUUCAUCGAAGUCUGGGCAGACACAGCUCUCAAGUCCGUCACCUGACGCACACGCCGUGGCCUCCGACACAGCUACAAAUGGUUCAGAUGUUGUACAGCAAUGGCGCUAAUUCCAUUUGGGAGCAUUCCCUUCUGGACCCAGCAUCUGUGAUGAGUGGAAAACGCAAGGCCAACCCCCAAGACAAGUUGCACCCCAACAAGUCCGAAUUUAUCAAAGCCAAAUAUCAAAUGCUGGCGUUUGUCCACCGGAUGCCUUGUCGGGAGGAUGACAGCUCAACAGCCAAGGAUCUGAGUAAGCAACUUCAUUCAAGUGUUCGCACUGGAAAUCUUGAGACCUGCUUGAGGUUGCUCUCUCUGGGCGCUCAAGCAAACUUCUUUCACCCAGAAAAGGGCAACACUCCCUUGCAUGUGGCAGCAAAGGCAGGGCAAGUCUCUCAAGCGGAACUGUUAACCGUUUACGGCGCCGAUCCCGGAGCCCCUGAUAGCAACGGGAAAACUCCCAUUGACUAUGCGAGGGAGGCAGGCCACCACGACCUGGCAGAUAGACUGGUGGAGAUUCAGUACGAGCUGACGGAUCGGUUGGCGUUCUACCUGUGUGGGAGGAAACCAGAUCAUAAAAAUGGGCCGCACUUCAUCGUUCCUCAAAUGGCCGACAGGAACAUCAGUUUAGAUCUAUCCGAACUGGCCAAGGCAGCAAAGAAGAAGCUGCAGUCACUGAGUAAUCAUUUAUUUGAGGAGCUGGCCAUGGAUGUGUAUGAUGAGGUAGACAGGCGAGAAACUGACGCAGUGUGGUUAGCAACGCAGAAUCACAGCGCCCUUGUGACUGAGACGACUGUGGUGCCUUUCCUUCCCGUCAAUCCAGAGUAUUCAUCCACAAGAAACCAGGGACGCCAGAAACUUGCUCGUUUCAAUGCACAUGAAUUUGCAACGCUUGUGAUUGACAUACUCAGCGAUGCAAAGCGGAGACAACAAGGGAAUUCAGCAGCCAGCCAAGACGAUGUGGAACUCAUACUGAAGAGCAUGUCCGGCCGGCCGUGCAGUGACAGCCAGGACAACGACCAGCCCGAUUAUGAUAGCGUAGCAUCCGAUGAAGAUACAGACCAAGAGCUCCCUUCAAGUAAAGGCGAUCGGACAAAGAGCCUGGAUUCGGACCUCUCCGACGGCCCCAUCACCAUGCAGGAGUACCUGGAGGUGAAAAACGCUCUCUCGGCCUCCGAGGCCAAAAUCCAGCAUCUCCUGAAAGCCAACAACAACCUGAGCGAUGAGCUGCGACUGAUGCAGAAAAAGCUGCAAUGUCUGCAAAGUGAGAACACCUCUCUUAGGCGGCAGGUCACAGCCAAUAUCUAUCAGAUCCCCAGCACGUCAGACUAUCCCGACCCCGCCGGUCCUUCAGCCCUGAAACGCCGGCAAUCCGCUCGGGCCAGUCGGCCCAUGUCUAUGUACGAGACCGGCUCGGGCCUGAAGCCUUAUCUCCCUAAAGGGGAAAGUCCUUACCCAGAGGAGGCUAUUCCCACCCUGCAUCCCUUCCCACCUCAUAAGGAAAAGGGCGCUUUUGUGACCACCUCUUCAUCCCUCCCCUCAUUUCCGUCCACCCUGUCCUGGUCCAAGGAUGAAAGUAAUCUAAAGGCCUCCAAGUUAGAGAAGCAGAGCAGCAUGCCUGAAAGCGACUAUGACAAUACAUUCAAUGACUCUGAAGUGGACGAUUCAGGUCUGUGCAGGAGAGGAAGGUUGAGGAGCAGUGGCCGGCUGGGUGAGGGCAGUUCCAUCCCCGAGUUGGAUGACGCGGAGGUGGAGUCGGACCCGGCGCUUCCCAGCACCGAGGACGUCAUCCGCAAAACGGAGCAGAUUACUAAAAAUAUUCAGGAGCUCCUGCGAGCGGCUCAGGAUAACAAACACGAGAGGCCGUGUGAGCGCGAAGGCGUGCGCCGCCUCAGGCACAGUUUUGGAUGUUUCAGCACUCUGAUGCCCUGGGCUGAGAAGCCUUCCACUCUUCAUCCGCUCAACCUGCGCUCCCCUGAUCCCUCCUCCUGCUUUAUACCCUGCUCAGAAAGAAUACACGUGGCUGUAACAGAAAUGGCUGCACUCUUUCCAAAGCCACCGCGCUCCGAGACUGUGAGAAGCUCUCUGCGCUUGUUGACUUCCAGUGCGUGCAGGCUUCAGAGCGAAUGCAGGAAGGCGGUGCCUCCGGAAGGCUGCCCAGGACCGGACAUGCAGCUUGUCACCCAGCAGGUCAUUCAAUGUGCUUAUGAUAUUGCCAAGGCAGCCAAGCAGCUUGUCACCAUCACCACUAAGGAGAACACCCACUGACAGGGCUGCAGCGCCACGUGCAUCUCAGUCCUUGGGCUCGGAUUUUUUUUUAGAACUGGUUUUGUUUUCAUCUUUGUGGUAAUAAUAUGCAUGCCUUUCAGUUUUUUAAUUAUUAUUUUUGAUGGGACUUUUACCAAAUCUGAGCUUUACAACAAAUACUGUUAAUUGCACAAUUUAACUCAAGGUUAAUUAAUGUUCCACAAGUCCUCUUCUAAAAGCCAAUACGAUCAAGCACAGUAGCGGAUUCAUUUCACACGGCGCGUGAAUUUCCAGAAUACGCACGGUCGAUGUGUCAGAAGUCUGGACGGGAGAAUCGCCGCACCUUGUAAGUGCGCAAGCCCCACAUGUAAAAUAACAACUUCAUCGCGAAUGGGAGAAUAUGCUCCCAAUUGUGCAACGUAGGGGUGUUGUUGUGAUAAUGAAUACAUUUUUGUCGCUAUCUGUCGCUUGUGUGGUCUACCAUUAGCAAGCUGACAAGAAAAUGUUUCUACUCUGCACUAUGAUGCAGUCCGUGUGCCACUACAUUGUUGGCAUUGUUACAAAUAGUAGGAGCUAAAAACCAUGUGUACGUUCGUCCGUCCACGUGUUUUGUGCUCUGAUCUGUUUUGUGUUGUGCAACAUUAUCAGA